AACGGACAGUGAACGUGGAGCAAUGCUUCCUUUUGUUUAACGCAGAACUGUGUUCAGUAGUUUAGCAAAUUGGGGGAAUUCAUUUGAAAGAGCUAACGUGAGAAAGCAGAAGAAGACCAGAUGGGGCUUACCACAGGAGUCUAAAUACACCCUUUGAUUUACAUGGGCAAUAGGUAGAGGAGCAGCCCCGCGAGCGCUGCGGCCACGGGAGCAGAGCGCAGGCCGGGCCACAGGGGGGUGCUAUGGAGCCGCUGCGCCGCCUGCAGCUCCAAUGGCGACGGCUGAUGUCAUCGGAGAUGGGGCGUGGCUGGUACACGCCCCCAGCGGCCCUGCCCUCCAAGCACGGCGCGGGCGAGCCGGAGCCAGGGGUGCACAAGAUCCACGGGAAGAGGAGGACGGUCGUCGCUCGCCACGGCCCCUACCAGGACGAGUACCACAGCAUCUCCAAGGGUUACCAGGGCAACAGCAUCCGAACCACCAAGUACACCCCCAUCAGCUUCAUCCCCAUGAACCUGUUUGAGCAGUUCCACAGAGCGGCCAAUUUGUACUUCCUCUUCCUGGUUGUACUGAACUGGGUCCCGGUGGUGGAGGCCUUUCAGAAGGAGAUCACCAUGAUUCCACUGGUGGUGGUCCUCACAGUUAUCGCCUUCAAAGAUGCCCUGGAAGACUACCGCCGAUACCGCUUUGACAAGAAGAUCAACAACCACGUCGUCAGAGUGUACAGCGGGAAGGAGCAGAGGUACGUGGAGCAGCGCUGGAAGGACGUGCGCGUGGGGGACUUUGUCCGUCUGUCCUGCAACGAGAUCAUCCCCGCCGACAUGGUGCUGCUGUACUCCUCUGAGCCAAGCGGCGUGUGCCACAUCGAGACGGCCAACCUGGACGGAGAGACCAACCUGAAGCAGAGGCAGGUGGUCAGGGGCCUGACGGAGCAGGGUUUCGAUGUCACCCCAGAAAAGUUCACCAGCCGGAUCGAGUGCGAGGGCCCAAACAACAACCUGACCCGCUUCCGAGGCUUCAUGGAGCACUCCGAUAAAGUGCGAGUGGGUCUGCACAACGAGAACCUCUUACUGCGCAGCUGCACUAUCCGCAACACAGAGACCGUCGUCGGCAUCGUCGUCUAUGCUGGUCAUGAGACGAAGGCCAUGAAGAACAACGGCGGCCUGCGGUACAAGCGCAGCAAGCUGGAGCAGCGGCUGAACGUGGACGUGCUGUGGAGCGUGGCCCUGCUGUUCACCAUGUGCCUGGUUGCCGCCAUAGGUCACGGUAUGUGGCUCAGUGGCCUAAAGGACCCUCCGUUUAUGAUCCCGGAUGACACAUCCCCUGUGCUGGCCGGAUUCUACAUGUUCUGGACCAUGAUCAUCGUCCUACAGGUCCUCAUCCCCAUCUCCCUCUAUGUAUCCAUCGAGAUCGUCAAGCUGGGCCAGGUCUACUUCAUCCAGAACGACGUGGACUUCUACAGCGAGCGGCUCAACUCCACCAUCCAGUGCCGCGCGCUCAACAUCACCGAGGACCUGGGCCAGAUCCAGUACCUGUUCUCCGACAAGACGGGCACGCUCACCGAGAACAAGAUGGUGUUCCGGCGCUGCACCAUCGCUGGGGUGGAGUACCCUCACGAGGACAACGCACGACGGCUGGAGCUGUACCAGGAUCAGGACUGGGACGACGCUGACCCCGCGGCGGUUCCGGGGAAGUCCCGGUCGUGCAGGUCCAGCGUGAAGUCCCUGAGCUGCCGCAGCUCUGUCUCCUUGGACACGCUCACCCCCUGCGACCCUGAGCCUGACCCCCGGGGGGCGACACAGGACGCGCCCCACCCCCGCCACAUGGCAUUCAGCAGCCGAAUGGAGAAAGAGGUGCUCCCAGACCCCCUGCUCCUACAGAAGCUGAAUGGCCUCAUCUCCCCAGAGCUCCCCCUACAGGACGUGGUGGGAGCUGCACCCCUGGAGAUGACCUACAUCGUGGACUUCUUCCUGGCGCUGGCCGUCUGCAACACGGUGGUGGUGUCCCUCCCCCAGCAACCCCAGCGCACGGUGCAUGUGCAGGAUGUGCAGCGCACCCCCCUGAGAUCCCUGGAGGACAUGAAGCUGCUUUUCCAGCGUUUCGGCGUGCCCCGCUUUGCCUCGGUCUCCCCCCCGGGGGGCGACGCGUCCCCGGGCGCAGACAGCCCCGCCCAGCUCGCCCGCAGGCUCUUCAGCCGGCCGAAGGCGGCCCCGCCCUCGCCAGACGGAACCCCAGUAGGGGAGGAGGAGGAGAAGCACCCGGACGAGGCGGCGCUGGUGCAUGCCGCCCGGGCGUACGGCUGCACCCUCAGGGCGCGGGCCUCAGAGCAGCUCACCGUUGAGUUGCCGGGCGUCGGCUGCCUGCCCGUCCGCCUUCUGCACGUCCUGCCCUUUGACUCUACUCGCAAGAGGAUGUCGGUGGUGGUCCGCCAUCCUCUCACGGGGCAGGUUGUGGUCUACACCAAAGGGGCCGAUUCAGUCAUCAUGGACCUCACCACCUCACCCAAAGGCAAUGCCCAGGCCAUCAAGGAGAGCAUGGAUAUCAAAGAAAAGACCCAGAAGCACCUAGACGAAUAUGCCAGGGAAGGACUGCGCACUAUGUGCAUUGCAAAAAAGGUCCUUCGGGAGGACGAGUACGAGCUGUGGCUGAAGCGGCACGCGUUUGCCGAGACCAGCAUAGAGAACAGGGAGGAGCUGCUGCUGGAGUCUGCCGAGAGGCUGGAGACGGGUCUGACGCUGCUGGGCGCCACGGGGAUCGUGGACCGGCUGCAGGAGGACGUCCCGGAGACCAUCGAAGCCCUGCAGAGGGCAGGUCUCCGCAUUUGGAUCCUCACAGGCGACAAGCAGGAGACUGCGGUCAACAUCGCCUACUCCUGCAAGCUGCUGCGUCCCACCGACCGGCUACUGAUCGCCAACUGCAGCAGUAAGGAGGCGUGCGAGGCCCUGCUGGUGCAGCUGAGGGAGGUGGUGGAGGCCGGCAGGGCGGGGUCGGCCGGAGCGGAUGGGCACGGGGACGGGGGCGGGGAUGGGGGUGGGGACGGGGGCGGCUUCACGCUGGUCAUCGACGGCCGGACGCUGGAGUGGGCGCUGCAGGAGGAGCUGGAGGAGACCUUCCUGGAACUGGCCUGCCAGUGCCGCGCGAUCGUUUGCUGCCGGUCCACGCCCCUGCAGAAGAGCCAGGUGGUGCAGCUGGUGCGGGACAGGCUUGGCGUCACCACCCUGGCCGUAGGUGAUGGCGCUAACGACGUCAGCAUGAUCCAGGUGGCAGACGUGGGCGUAGGGAUCUCCGGCCAGGAGGGGAUGCAGGCCGUGAUGUCCAGCGACUUCGCCAUCUCCAGGUUUAAACACCUCCGCAAGCUGCUGCUGGUCCAUGGACACUGGUGCUACACCCGGCUGGCCAACAUGAUCCUCUACUUCUUCUACAAGAACGUGAACUACGUCAACCUCCUGUUCUGGUACCAGUUCUACUGCGGCUUCUCUGGUGCCACCAUGUCAAACUACUGGGUGCUCAUUUUCUUCAACCUGCUCUUCACCUCAGCCCCACCCCUCCUCUAUGGCAUCUUAGACAAGGACGUCUCGGCAGACACCCUCAUGCAGCUGCCGGAGCUUUACCGGGCUGGCCAGAACUGCAAGGCCUACCUGCCCUCCACCUUCUGGUUAAACCUGCUGGAUGCGAUGUACCAAAGCCUGAUCUGCUUUUUCGUCCCCUACUUAGCUUAUGCCGGCUCAGACAUCAGCGUGUUCUCCUUCGGGACGCCCAUGAACACCUCAGCCCUAUUCAUCAUCCUGCUGCAUCAGGUCAUCGAGAGCCACACACUGACGUGGUUGCAUGGGGUAGUUCUGCUGGGCAGUGCACUGCUCUACUUCGCCUUCACACUGGUGUUCAGCGCCACCUGUGUCACCUGCAACUCCCCCGCCAACCCGCUGGGUAUCGACAUCCGCCACAUGUCCGACCCAGUCUUCUACUGCGUGUGCGCUCUCACCACCCUGCUGGCGCUGCUGCCCAGGGUCCUGUACCACAGCAUCUGGAACACCCUCUUCCCCUCUGACAUCACGAAGGCGGCCUGCCUGGAUAGGCUGAGCCCAGAGGAGCGCUGCUCCAGGAUCCACAACUGGAGGGAGGAGCAGAUGCGCGCCUCACCCCUCCUCACCACCGUCGUGGUGGACCCCGUCCUGUCCGGCGGUGAUCUCUGCGACUGCAGUCCUGACACACACUCAGUUGUAUCCUGACAAAAGCGGAAAGGACCGCAGGAGUGCUCAAGGACCCUGACCGGAGAAGGACCGUGCCAAUAACGGACUUAACCGCUCUGAGAAAGGCAUCCCGUAACAGACAUCUGAGGACAAAUCGCACCCACAGUGCUGGGACAGGCGCCGAAAAGCGAGGAAUGCAGAUGCACGCUGAGGAGUAAACUGACCGCUUCGACGUUUCGAAUGUACCGCAUCAGGCCGCGUCCCGUUGGAGGACGGAGGCUGCUGGAAAAUGCCUGUGAUGUUCACAAACUGUGACCUGCUACAUGGGGGCGCCCAUGUGCCCACAGUUUUCCCACCAACUGGAUCGAAGUCACACCUCACAUUGUGUUUAUAUCCAUGUGUGGCUUUUCGGGCGGCUCAAGUCACUUUAGCAAAAUGGCGAGACACAGCAGCCACUAAACAGCUCAAGUCUUCCCAGUUGUGUUCAACCCAUGUUCCAGAGUCAAAAAUACCAUUCUCGUGUUCUGUUUUAGCAGUCACAUAUUCUAGUUCAGCACAUUUUUAUACAAGCAGUUUAUGUUACGAUGUUCAUAAGAAGCUAUUCAUCAUCAGUUUUAUAUUUUUUGAAUUGUAUGACCAAAGCACCACAAUCUUAUAGAUAUGGUGCUCCUGCCAGAGUCACGGGUUGUAAUUCCAUUAUAGUUCUGCUAAUUCAGGAAGUUAAGGUCAUUAAUUAAAAAAUCAUCAUCAGAAUUAAUGGGCAAUUUUCAAAUCAUGAAUUGAAUUUCAGUUCAUCCCCUGAAAUGAAAAGGAAUUGAACCUGACUCUUGCUCCUACCAUACCUCAUGUUGACCCCACAAAUGGACAAUAUUUAUAUGUUUUGGAAUUUUGUGAUGAGUUUGUGUCACGCUGACAGUUAAUUUCUUAGUCUUGAAUGUUAAUGACACUUCACUCAAUCGCUUACUGUUACACUAAGUUAGCAACAUUGCUCCAAAUACAUGACUGGAUAAAAACAUAACUUGAGGGGAUGGUAGUCACUUUUUGAAAGAAAAAAAUUAUUUUUAGUUUACAUUAGAGUCAAGAGAUUCAAUGCAAUGUACAGAAUGUGUUUACAAGCUGCUCAGAAGGGUCUGGCUUACAAAGCAGAUAAAGCCUUAAUUUACAAAAUUGUAUAUAUUCCUACAGAAUGUAAUUUUGUAUUACCUUAUAGGAUUUAUGACCUACUUUUCUGAUGCAGGGUCUUACUACAAAGGCAUAUUUUUUGUGGCAUCGACCUGAUUACGUCACGAAUUUGGCUGGUCCAUAUUUUAGCGGGUGUAUCUGCCGUAUUUUUUCACGUGCAGUUCUAAAAUGUGACGUGGAAAUACUUGAUAGACUUUGUUUAAAUAUGUUUGCACUCCAUUUGAACAUGAAGUACGGCAACUGAUGCUUUGUGGAAGUUCUGUGAAACGGGUGCAAUAGGAACAAUUGUACGGUAAAUCAUUCAAAAUGGUGCCGGACAAGUAUUAGACUUGUCCCCUCUUACUUUAUACAGGAAAUCAAUGUGUACUUCACACAAAGUGUUUGUGUCUAAAAGCACAUUGAAAUAAAUUUGCAG